AUGGUUUCUGACCCGGAUCUCGAAGCUCACGAUGGUCGACAACCCCCCGCAAAAAGAGACAUUUCAGAUUUUUUGUCGGCAAUAUGGCGGCGCCCUGCAGGUAUCAUACAUCCAUCAUUUUCUAUGCUUUCGAUGAAACCUAAACCAGCUACAACCACCGAAGACAUGUCCCUGGAUAUCCAUCUCGAAGCAAUAGAGUUGCUCUUUGGGCUUGGAAUCUCACAUGCAAAACAAUGGCCAGGAAUACAUAUUUUAUGCAACCAUUUGGAGAGGAAGUUUGAAAGCCUGCUGUGCGAAGAGUUCGAAAUUAUCUGGAAAAUCCUCAAGCGAGAGAAACCAUCCAAUGCUGUUCAUGGCUGGCACUGGUUCCUUGCAGUGCUCCGGGGAAUCCAGAGCCUGCAGGCAGAUGAAACUGUGAGCAUGGAGAAGAUUUACCAUCAUUUGAUCAAAGGAAAUUCGGCCGGAUUCAGUCCUCUUGAGAAGGACCACACUCUUCUUGCAAUAUUUGCAGUACUAUGCUGGGCAUCUAUGACGAUAGACCCAGACCUGGAACUUGGUCAGGCCAAUGAAGCAUCGGGAAAUGAUCGUACUCUAUUCCUACGCGCAAAGUAUGGCAGCAGGCCAGGGGAAUCUGGUGAGAUUCCCCUCGGGCAAUCUGCCAGAAGGCCAAUCAAAAAGUUAUUCCGUGCCAUUAAGGGUCGGGUGAGGGUGAAAUGGGUUGAGAAUCUGGCAUCUCAUCUUGCUUUUGAUCGACAAUCCCGGACACUUUCCGUGUUCUGUUUGCCAACAUUUUGCGCGAGCAGCAUUUUACAGACACAGCAACUCAAUGUUCUCUAUCAGGUUUCGUCUGAGCUUCUUCCAUCCAAUUUUUAUACAGACAGCUUAGCCAACGACGCAUCUUCUCUCCACCGUGAAGUGUUACUCUCAUACCGUCUUCUAUUCGGCCAGUCCUCACACUCCCGCCAAAUUGCAUUAGAACUACUCGAGCAAACCAAGAAACUUUCCGGGGAAAUUGACCCAUUCCUUCUCGCCAUCUGCAGCGCCUCGGUCACGCAGUCCCGCUUCCUCCGCCGCUUCACGAAGUCUAGGAUCCCAGUCGAGCUAUUUCCCACCUCCAACAUCGAUCUCUAUAAUUCUCUCAUCGAGUCAGAUACCUACUCCGCCCGGGACGACUUCCCGCAUUUCGGCCCUCGUCUCUUGGCGGUGCAGCUGUACAAUCUGAAGCAGCAACCGAGUAGAAUUAGAGAUUUGUGGCGGGAUCGGAGAAAUCCAUUGCAGUGGUACACAUUUUGGGCUGUGUUAUGGGUGGGUGGCAUUUCAAUUCUUUUGAGUGUUUUCCAGCUUGCUGCUGCAAUAGUGCAGACAUAUUAUUCAGCUCCAACAUAA